GUGUGUUCGUGAAGCGCGUUGGUGACUUCAGAGAUAAGAAGGGGAUUUAUUUCAGCAUAAAGUUCGUAUUAUAGUAUUACAUUUGAAACUUUCUACGGUUUGAAAUUAUAACAUUUCAAGUACAAGAUCGGAAACAAUGAAGUACAUCAUUGGAAUCGGAGGUGUGACCAAUGGUGGUAAAACCACCUUGACGAACAGGUUAAUAAAAGCUUUACCAAACUGCUGUGUGGUUCACCAGGAUGAUUUUUUCAAGCCGCCGGACCAGAUAGCGGUCGGAGCGGAUGGCUUUAAACAGUGGGAUGUGAUCACUUCUUUGGAUAUGGAGGCAAUGGUGAACACCAUCAAGGGCUGGAUAGAGAACCCAGUCAAGUUCGCUCGUUCUCACGGUGUACCCGUGACCCCGGCUGCUGAGAUGGACGACACUGAGAGCCAAAUGCACAUACUUAUCGUAGAAGGAUUUCUACUGUAUAACUACAAGCCUUUGGUGGAUGUGUUUGACAAAUGUUACUACAUAACCAUCCCAUACGAGGAGUGCAAAUACAGGAGAAGUACAAGGAACUAUACUGUCCCAGACCCUCCCGGCCUCUUUGACGGUCAUGUGUGGCCCAUGUACCUCAAACACAAAAAUGAGAUGGAGAGCUGUGGUUUGCCAAUUGAAUACCUUGAUGGCUUGAAAACGAAAGAUGAAAUUUACAAUCAAGUACAUGAAGACAUCCACAAUACACUCCUGAAUCGCUUAUAGCAGGAGCAGUCUCUGGAUUCUAUGUACAAAUUGUAAAUACAAAUGUUAUGUAGUCUUUUUUUAUUUGUUUUGUAAAUAGUAUUACAAGGAUGUAAUUUGCAAGGAUGUACAUUUUAAGUGUUCACAAGAACUUUUUUUUUUUUUAACUUUUUUGUUCACUGCAUUUGAUUUAAUUGAAUUUUUCUUAAUGUUCAAAGCGCACCAUAAUAAUGACAUCAUGGAAACCACAUCAAAGUUUGAGUUUCCAAAAUUUGUACCAAUAAACUGUGCUUUGACUUCUUAUUAGAUCACUAUUGUCACAAUAUUCUUAAAUGUGCCUAUAUAGUAUAGCUUUCAGCUCCGUUUAAGUCAUUUUAUGACCCAGAGACAAACAAUUCAAUAUGUUGAACACUUAAUGAUUUGGGAUAUUUAAGUGUUUUGUCUUUCAUGUCCUAGAUCAGUGGUUCCCAGCUUUUUAUCUUUUGUGGCCCCCCAACUUUCUACAUUCAUCCUUCCUUUUAAGUUUGCUGUAACGUUGAGAUGAAGGGGACAAAAUUUAAAUGAUAAUUUUACAUAAAUACUUCAACUACCUCUACUUUUCACUGUAUGCAUAAUAAAAAACUUGAUUGUGAACCAAAA